AUGGGCGCGCAGUUGAAGCAGAAGCAGGAGGAGGAGCGAAAGCGCAAGGAGAAGGAGGAGGAGGAGGAGCGAAAGCGCAAGGAGAAGGAGGAGAAGGAGAAGGAGGAGGAGGAGGAGGAGGAGGAGGAGGAGGAGGAGGAGGAGGAGGAGGAGGAGGAGGAGGAGGAAGAGGAGGAGGAGGAGGAGGAGGAGGAGGAGGAGGAGGAGGAGGAGGAGCGAAAGCGCAGGGAGAAGGAGGAGGAGGAGGAGGAGGAGCGAAAGCGAAAGGAUAAGGAGGAGGAGGAGGAGCGAAAGCGCAAGGAGAAGGAGGAGGAGGAGGAGGAGGAGCGAAAGCGCAAGGAGAAGGAGGAGGAGGAGGAGGAGCGAAAGCGCAAGGAGAAGGAGGAGGAGGAGGAGGAGCGAAAGCGCAAGGAGAAGGAGGAGGAGCGAAAGCGCAAGGAGAAGGAGGAGGAGGAGGAGCGAAAGCGCAAGGAGAAGGAGGAGGAGGAGGAGCGAAAGCGCAAGGAGAAGGAGGAGAAGGAGCGAAAGCGCAAGGAGAAGGAGGAGAAGGAGCAAAAGCGCAAGGAGAAGGAGGAGAAGGAGCGAAAGCGCAAGGAGAAGGAGAAGGAGGAGAAGGAGCGAAAGCGCAAGGAGGAGGAGGAGAAGGAGCGAAAGCGCAAGGAGAAGGAGGAGAAGGAGCGAAAGCGCAAGGAGAAGGAGGAGAAGGCGCACCUGUUCACGAUCAUCAAGAUUUCGCGAGACGAGGACCUACGGGAGCAGAUCGGCAGCAACCUCUUCUUUGACCUCGUAGACCAUGAACGCGUGAAGAGCUUCCGCGUGCCGAACCAGAUGCGGUUUUGGGAGUUUAAGAGGGAGGUGGAGAGGGAGGUCGGGCAGCUGAGGGACUCAGUGGGCAAUGCAUACUCCACGGUCCUGCAUCUGUUCCUUGAAGGCACGCCGAACCCCCCUAACCGGCCAUUGGCUCCGCUACAUGAGAGGGCCAAGGACGACAUUCUGCUCUUCUUCAAAUUCUACAACCCAGUCACUGAGACUCUUAGGUGUGCAUGCUAUCUGUUUGAGAUCCAGAAAAAAAGCUUCACCACUGCCGUCUCCCUCCUUCCACUACUCCCUCCUCCAACUUUGCAGGAGAUAAGGUUUGAGCCAAGUGUGAUGUGCGAGGCCCUGGACUUCAAGGUGACGUUCAAGCGCGCCCAGCUGGAGGAUUGUGACAUUGUGUGCGUGCAGCGCGCCAACCCGCUAGCCCAAGAGGGCGCGGCUGCUGCUGCUAUUGCUGCUACUAUCAGGAGUGGUGAGAGUGCAGUGAGGUACCCUGACAUGCCGUCCUUUUUGGAGUAUGUGUGCAACCGGCAGGUGGUGCAUUUCCGACGGCUGGAGAAGCCCACAGAGGACGCUUUCUGCCUCGAGCUCUCCAAAGAGCACACGUAUGACGACGUGGUGGCGAGGCUGGCAGAGGAGAUAGGCCUGGACAACCCUUCCAAGAUCCGACUCACCAUGCACAACUGCUACUCACAGAAGCCCAAGCCGCCGGCCAUCAAAUACCGAAGCGUGGACUGCCUGGCUGACAUGCUCGUGCACUACGACCAGCCGGCCGUCAAGUACCGAGGCGUGGACUGCCUGACCAACAUGCUCGUGCACUUCAACCAGUCGACAGACAUCCUCUAUUUCGAGACGCUCGACAUCCCGCUGCCAGAACUGCAGCAGCUCAAGACUCUCAACAUCACGUUCCACAACAGCAAGGCAGAAGAGGUGUCGGUGCACAGCAUUGGGAUGCCCAAGAAAUCUACGGUGGCAGAUGUGCUUGCGGACCUAAAGACCAAGGUGGAGCUGUCACACCCCAAGGCGGAGCUACGGUUGCUGCAGGUGUUCUACAACAAGAUCUACAAGAUAUUUCCUCUUACUGAGCAGAUUGAGUACAUCAACGACCAGUACUGGGGCAUAAGGGCAGAGGAGGUGAGAAGAGGUAGCAAAAAUGGAAAGGAUAAUCCAAUCCACGUGUACAUCAACAUUGCGCCCAAUCACCCCCAACAACUCGUGACCAACAACAGCAUGUCCCCCACCCCCCAACCAAUUCGUGGCACUCAGCCUUCUGGUCCGUCUACUCAGCCUACUGAUCUGUCAGCCUCGAUCUCGGAGGCGCAAUGGCUGGAGGAGGAUAGUGCACAUGUCGUUUUCAAGCACUUCAAGGUUCCCAUCCGCCCCGACACCGUCGCGGCUGUCCGCGUUUGCAAGUAUUGCGUGAUCGAGUUCAAGGGUGGUGCGUUUUGA